CUCGAGAUCGCAAAACGUGAUCGCUUCAGCUUCAACCUUUAAACCCUCACUGGCUUUGCUAGAAGAUAUAUAUCCAAGCAAUUCCCUAACUUCUUACAACAACUCGUUCUGCACCUUUUGCUUUUGUCAGUUCCAUCCCCAUAGCAUCGACAUCAACCAACAUGGCUCUCCCGCCCAAGUUCGCUGGUCAAUUACUAGCCACAGCAUCCACCACCAAUGCCAAACAUACCAUUGAAAUCUACCUAGACUACGUCUGCCCAUUCUCAGCCAAGAUCUUCAAGACAUUCUAUACCAAGGUUCGACCGUUGAUCGAGGAGAAAUACACCAACCCUGGGGUUCGUGUCAUCUUCCGUCAGCAAAUCCAGCCAUGGCAUCCUUCCUCAACUUUAACCCAUGAAGCCGGCGUCGCUGUCCUCCGUACAUCGCCGCAGUCUUUCUGGGCGUUUUCCGAGAAAUUGUUCGAAGCACAGAAAGAUUACUUUGACGUCAACGUGGUUAAUGAAACCCGCAACGAUACUUAUAAGCGCUUGGCCAAGCUCGCCGGUUCCGUUGAAGGUGUCGAUGAGAAGACCAUCUACGACCUGUUGGUGGUGCCGGACAAGCCUGCCGCCGAUGGCGGUCUGAAUAUUGGGAACAAGGUCACUGAUGAUGUCAAGUUCCAGGUCAAGGCCAAUCGUGUCACCGGUGUGCAUGUCACACCUACAGUUUUGUUUAAUGGUGUCGAGGAACGGUCCAUCAGUUCAGGCUGGACUGAGGAGCAAUGGGACGAGUGGUUGAAGAAGAAUGCGGUUUGAGUGGGCGGGCGUUGGGUCGCUUGGGAAUCUGUCUCUUGAGGAUUCUGUGCUUUGAUCCGUGUCAUCAGACUUCUUCUCUUCGCAUACAGUCAUUGGGCUCGCGAUAGAGUCAUGGAACUGGCUGUCAUUCUCCUUUCAUGGCCGGCGUUUUCAGCUCGUCAACGAGUAAUGCCAUGUUUUUAGAAACCCUGUCUCGCAGCAUAUUCUUCUCAACUUCUCCAUAUUCCCACGUCCACUGUACCCAGAUUGAAAGCCAACAGUGAUACCCAGAUAUUUUUCAAAAGAAAUCCAACUGAUCAAUGCCGUCCUCCAAAGGACCACGUUCUCCUUCGCUUCCACCUCCACCACCGCCAUCACCGACAGCUCCUAAUCUACCAAAUUGCAUCAAACUUUGAGAGCAGACAGACAUCCUCCCAGCGAGAUCGAACUUCGCCCCCGAUUCAUCUACUCCACAAUGACAACGUCACCCAACAUGCACAUGGAUCAUCAAAUGAGCAGAGAUGACUCAAGAAGACAGCGCUGGCAUCAGGUUAACCCAACGAUACCGUGGCCGACGCUUCCUGAGUCGUGGUAUAAUUUGGGAGUCAACUUCUCUGUGCUGAUUUGGAACAAUACACAAUUUCUUGCCCAAAUCGUCUGAACUGUCUGAACUGUCUGGUGUCUGUAUCCGUCAUGGCAUACCAAGAUUGUAAUCAAGCACGCUCGCUCAGACCGCAGUGGCCAUGGCUCCCAUUGAUUCCUUGGACAAAAGCAAAACGCCGUUCCCAAUGCUGCGCUAGUCAACACACAUUCACCAUGAAAUCAAUCAACCACUAAUCAUUGUGCCGGAGGUUGAUAGCCGAUCGGACGUCUGGGUCACGGUUAGCACGUCUUUGGUUCAUUCCACUACGCGGCAUCCUUCUUACUUGAACAAUAGAAUAUGCGGUUCUGGUUCGUGAACUUCGUAGUGCUCCCAGCCGAGACUCUGUGAACGUGUCAACAUCUCUUCCUAAUCUGUGAACGUUUUGUUUUGAGAGCAUUACCUGGGUAAUACCAAGAGCUCUCCAUUCUUCCUCCCACAAUAACUUUAGUGUACCUUUCUGCUCGUCGAAAUAGUCUCGCGGGAUGGCUUUUAGCAUAGCCUUGGGAAGUUGUACAUGUCUGUACUCGUACUCCGAGUCAGAGUAUCUGGAAUCAACCUUAGUUGAAGCUCAGGAAAUAAAAACAGGUGGUCAGACCUUGCCGAAUAGCCGAUGGAAUCAAUGAAUUCGUCGAGACGUGAUCUCUCAGAAUCAUGCAAUGGACGAGGCUUCUUGUUUCGUCGUGAUGCCUCAAUGUCACCCAUCUUGACUUAAUCCCAAGUCUGGACAGACACCGCAGAAGGGGUAAUAUGAGGGGCAGGCGACGCUGGCAAAAGAGCGUUUUGAAGCGUUCAGGCGUACAAGGAGAAACGGUUGGCUGGUCUUGUGCCACCAAGAAACUUGUAGUGAUUCGUCGCGUCUUGAGUGGGAUAAACAGAUUGCGGUGAGGGGUGAUGCACGACCAGGGGCACGCGCUUGAAUGGAGGGGCAGCACCUUUGCGUGCGGCAGGAGGAAUGUUGCAGAAGACUGAGCUGUACUGUCUCCCAGGAUCGGACGCUGCAAGCAGGAGUGAGAAGCUGCUGUACUAGGUAGUUAGAGACAGUAAUAAACCAGAGUUGAGGAACCACGGGUUGAUGGGUGGAGGAAGAAGUGCAGAGACACGUACGGACUUGGUAAUCGGUUGUGGUUGGAUCAAGUCACGGGCGCGCCAACGAGGUGCAGGUGCAACCACGAAUCAAUUAGGUACAAGUAGUACGUGGGAUACCUUAGGGACCUAGGCAUACAAACAUGCACCUGAGUGACCUGUAAUAAAGUAAACAACUCCAAUAAGUCUCC